UGACAAAUUAAUUUUUAAAAAUAUUAUAAAUAACAUAAAUUAUUAAUCCCACAAUGAAAAUUUUGUUAUUAGUAAUUUAAAUUUUUUACUAUAACAAAUACAAAUGAUAAAAAAAACAUGAGCAAAAACCAUCAUUUAAUAAAUAUUAAUAUUAAAAUAUACUAUAUAUAUAUGUUACUAUCAUUUAAAUUUAAUUAUAUAUUUUUUUGUACAUAACUAUUCUUUCUUCUGAUGAUUAAUAAAUUUAACAUUUCAUCAAAAAAAAAUUUAAUUAUAUACCAUAUCAAAUAGAAAAAAAAAUUAUUUUGGAUUAAUAAAAUUUAUUUAUAUGUUCGCACCAGCUUAAUUAUAUAGGUAAUAAUUACUGACUUUUUAAUUAUUCAAUAUAUAUUUAUUAUUUCAUAAUAGGUUAGAAACAUAUAAUAUAUAAAAUAAUUUAUAUAUAUAAUGUUCAUCCCUCUUAACCUAGUAAAAACUUAAAAGAAAAACGUAUUACUGGACUGGGCCUGGGCCUGUUUAAAAGAUAUAAAUAAAGCUAAAACUAGCUCACCAACCCGCUAAAAUUGAUCAUUUGGUGGCUGGAAGUGCUAUUUUGGCGGCAAUUUGUACUGCAGUGGACCGUGUUGGAUAUAUCCGUGAAGCUUCCUUUGAAAUCCUGCACAAGCACUGUCGUGAGAAGACUUCAGUGCCACUGACCAUUCUUCAUGUGUUUACUCACAUUGCUGGAGAGAAAAUGAUGUCCUCUAGUGAUCAUGACAUAUCAAAUGCAGUGUUGAAGUCCAUUGUGAUGUUUCCAGAGGAGAAACAUUUUGGUACUGUGGAAGGGAAUGCUAAGUUGCACCCAGGCAAGAACAAGUGUCCGUACUCAGACAUGUCUUCCUCGCUGGAGGCUAUGGCAUCGAUGCUCAUGGAAUUUAUUCAGGAGUUUACUCAGUCGAAUACUUUGCAUCAGAGUUUGACUGAGUUUAGGCCCGAACACAAAAAUUUCCAGUUGGUAAUGGCCAGAGAUCAAAGUGUUCCUCUCUGUGACAUUCUGUCAUUAGUGGAGCUUAUUGGUUGUUACACGGAAUGGGAUUGGACUAGUGAGAACAUUGUUGCUCCACUGCUUAAGAUGCUGGGAAUACCAUUAUCAGUGAACUUUGCUGUUUCAGUCGUCUCUCUUCUUGGGCAACUUAGCAGUAUUGGAGUGGAUGCUGAUGGCUGUGAAAACAAAGAAAUCUCAAACUUGAGGGAGAAACUGUCAGCAUUUCUACAGUGUGAGACUACACUAAAAGCUGGUUUUGCAGUCCAGAUAGCAACUGUGUGCUCCCUCCUGAAGACUCUUCAGCUGGAUUUUUCAACUGUCUUUCGACUCAAAACCGCCAUGCUUCCGGGUUGUGGCGAUCAAAGCUUGUCUGCUUCAGCCAAUCUGGUCACCAAGUGGUUCUCUUUGUUGAGCGACGAACAGCGAGUUUAUACAAAACUUCUGUUGUUAAAUGAUUCCUUUGUUCAAAAAGUCAUUAAAAGCAGUAAAAUUUUGGGUAUGUCUAAUGAAGGUUGCAUUGAAGUUCUAUUUUCUAACUUUUUUCCUUGAGCAAAUAUAUAUAUUUUUAAUUCAAAAACAAAAGCUGACAAAAAACAUUUCAAAAACAAAUUAUAAUUUUCAAACAAAAGCCAAACCAGAUCACCAGAUUGUUAUAACAAGACAGAAAACCACAAUCUA